AUGAAGCAGAUCUUUUAUGUAAUUAAUUACCAUGCUUAAAAUGGUCUCUGCUUUUUCAUAGUUUGGAUUUAAUUUUGGUAGCUUCAGUAAAAUUUAUAUUGUUUCAUUUAUACUCAUGCAUUUAUUUGUUAAUUCUUGAAUGUUCCCUUCUUCAAUAUAUCCUUGGAUUUCUUUUUGGUGAGAAUCUAAUUGCAAAACUACAUCAAAUAUCUCUAAAUUAUGAUUUAAGCGGCUUUUGAGCUAAAUCAUUUCGUAUAUUUCAUCAAAAACUACGUUAUUUAAACUUGUUUUAAUCAUUUUAUCAGCUUAAGAAUUAUUUUGCAAAAAUCCCUCUAUUUCGCUUAACAGAUUCACAACUUCUUCCUACUUCUAUAAAAUAUUUUCUUAGUUUUUUUAGACUUUUUCCUAAGCAUUUAGAAGAUCAUCUUAACAUUUUUAUUAAAGAUAUUUAACAUUAAAGAGAAUUUCUGUUAGUUGCAUAUCUAUUGA